AUGGCACAACUAUCAUCAUUGACACUGCAUAUGAAAUGGAGCAGCUCUGAUAACAACAAACAUGGGAACAUAUUGGAAGGAGCCUCUGUCAUACUCGCAAACGAGUUGAAAGAAAAUCACACUCUAACGAGACUUGGCCUUGCAAAUAAUCGCAUCUCUCAUAUAGGAGGUAAAGCACUGGCUGGAGCAUUGAAAGUGAACAAAACUCUUACUCAGCUUGAUCUUCAAAGUAACCAAAUAUCUGAUAUAGGAAGUGAAGCACUGGCUGAAGCAUUGAAAGUAAACAAAGCUCUUACACAACUCAAUCUUUAUUACAACCAAAUAUAUCCUCGAGGAGCUAAAGCACUUGCUGAAGCAUUGAAAGUGAACAAGACUCUUACUCAGCUUGCUCUUCAAAGUAACCAAAUAUAUCCUCGAGGAGCUGAAGCACUUGCUGAAUCAUUGAAAGUGAACAAGACUCUUACUCAACUUGAUCUUGGAAGUAACCAAACAUCUGAUAUAGGAAGUGAAGCACUGGCUGAAGCAUUGAAAGUAAACAAAGCUCUUACUCAGCUUGAUCUUGGAAGUAACCAAACAUCUGAUAAAGGAAGUGAAGCACUGGCUGAAGCAUUGAAAGUGAACAAAACUCUUACUCAACUUAAUCUUGGAAUUAACCAAAUAUCUGAUAUAGGAGGUAAAGCACUGGCUGAAGCAUUGAAAGUGAACAAAACUCUUACUCAACUUAAUCUUUAUUACAACCAAAUAUCUGCUCGAGGAGGCAAAGCACUGGCUGAAGCAUUGAAAGUGAACAAAACUCUUACUCAGCUUAACCUUGGAAUUAACCAAAUAUCUGCUCGAGGAGGCAAAGCACUGGCUGAAGCAUUGAAAGUGAACAAAACUCUUACUCAACUUAAUCUUCAGAAUAACGAAAUAUCUGCUCGAGGAGGCAAAGCACUGGCUGAAGCAUUGAAAGUGAACAAAACUCUUACUCAACUUAAUCUUGGAAAUAACCAAAUAUCUGAUAUAGGAGGCGAAGCACUGGCUGAAGCAUUGAAAGUGAACAAAAGUCUUACUCAACUUAAUCUUCAAAGUAACCAAAUAUCUGCUCGAGGAGGCAAAGCAUUGGAAGUGAAAAAGGCUUUGAGAGAAGACGGACGAGUGUUGCUGAAACUGUUCAGCUUGAUUGAUGAUGGAACAGCACAGCAACUGAUCGACUACAAAGUGGAGAGAGAAAACACACAUUAG